AAAGUGUUCGUAUUAUAAUAAUUCCUAGGAUUUUGGUGUUAAAAAACUAUAAUGUUAUUUUGACUGAUUUACGAAUAAAUUAAUCAAAAAUUACUAACUGUAAUGUAAAGAAGAAAAGUAAAGUAAUCAAAAUAAGUGGUUACCUUAGAUAACUAUGAAAAGUGUGUGGUUUCUAGUUUUAAGUGCAUUAGCUGUAGGAUAUUGUAUUGAACAUGAUUUUAAGGGGUUUGAUGAUAGUAUACUAUUUGGAAUAAAUUGGCCUGGAGAGAAAGAUGGGCUAUAUGAAACAAUUGACAAGGCUAAUAAGCCUAAGGUUAAGGAAGUAAUACAGGUGAUGACAUCAGAAAAAGAGAAAUAUGAGUGUCAUUUGCCGGAAGUUCAGUCUAAUGAGGCAAUGGACAUUGCUGAGUAUGAUGGGCCUUCACCGAUCAGCUUAUUAAACCCACUAUUUACACAAAAAGUGUGCUCAUUCAGAUUGGAUAGUUACUGGAGUUAUGAAAUAUGCCAUGGGAGGUACAUCAAGCAGUACCAUGAAGAAAGAGAUGGGAAAGAGGUAAGAACUCAAGAGUUCUAUCUUGGUAUAUGGAGUUUAGAGAACCAAAUGAAAUUAGUGGCAGAUUUGAAAUUGGCUAAAGAAAACAAAGUCCCACUAAAAACUACUAAAGUUGAACGAAUGGAUUUACCCUGUGUUGAACUAGUAAUGGAUGGAGGUACAUUAUGUGAUUUGAAUGAUAAACCUCGUAUUACAAGAGUGUUAUACGUAUGUUAUAGUCACGGAAAACAUGAAGUGUACUCCUUCAAGGAGACGGCUACUUGUGAAUAUGAAAUUAUUAUUUUAUCCCCUCUUCUGUGUGAACAUCCACAAUUUAAACCUAAAGAUGUCAGCGAGAAUGAAAUCAAUUGUUACCCAUUAAUGGGUGCACCGAAAAAACCUGCAGAUUUAAUGAAAAUGGAAUUCGAUGAUAUGAAAUUCCGUUAUGAUACUCUGAAGAUAUCUAAUAAAGAUGAGGAUUCUAAGGAUAUCGUUGCUGUCUUGAAAGUUGAGAAAAUAGAUAAGGACGGGGAGACACACCUGAAGUUCGAGUUGCACCCUCUGAGCGAGGACGAGUUGAGCAGCGAGGGCAAGGCGGCGCACGAGGCGCAGGCGCAGGCGCAGGCGCAGCUGGCGGCGGACAGGCCCACCGUCAUGGACGACUCGCCAGUCAGAGCUUUCCUUAACGGCGAGAAUUGUUUGAUAGGAGGUACAGGUUGGUGGAAAUACGAGUUUUGUUACGGAGAACACGUGAUUCAGUAUCAUGUAGACAGGACUGGAGAGAAAACAACUUUAUUGCUCGGAAAAUUCAACGAGGAGGCACAUCUGGAGUGGAUCAAAGAGAAUAGAGGCAAAGCCCCUAAACCAGUUGAUGUUCGCACUUCUGUUACACAUUUCUAUUCCGGGGGUGAUGUUUGCGAUAAAACCGACAAACCUAGACAGACUGAAGUGAAAUUAAAAUGUCUAGAAAAUUCUUCCAGUCCGGCACAAGUGUCACUUUAUCUUCUGGAGCCGAGAACAUGUCACUACAUACUUGGUGUGGAAUCUCCCAUUAUAUGUGACAUAUUGCCUUUUGCGGAUGAAAAUGGUCUCAUAAAAUCCACUAAGAUUAAAUCAGAAGAACCCAAAGUCAAAGAAACAAAUAAAGUGUCUGAAGAUAGUGAUGUAAAGGAUAAAGUUGUCGAUAAGUUUGGUUAUGAUUAAAUAAUAAAUUAUUUUAUUUGAA